AUUUAAAGUACUAAGUAGAAAAUUCAUUAGGGUGCUGUUGUAGCUAUGUAAAGCUGCCCUUGCCACUAGAAGAUAAAAAAAUUACAUUCGUUGCAACUUAAAAGCGGGCACGAGGUUUUCAGGUGUAUGAAACAUAACACCUGUGUUUUAAGGACUGUUGUUGCCCUACAAUGCGAGGAUAAAUAAGUUACAUUCAACUCAAACAUGGAUGAAGUAUUAAGAAUAUUACACAACCCUAAUGAAGUUCAGGAGAUUGUCACAGCAUGUAAUGCAGCUAUCAGCAUUAUUCAAGACACGGCAAAAAGGUUGAAAAAUCCUUCAAGGAAAAACUCAAAGAGAUUUGACGAGCACCAAACAGCCAAUUGCUUCAUGGUCGUCUUUCUUUCAAACUUCUCCAACCAACCGAUCAUCAUCUCAAUCACCGACGCAUUCGUUCAACUGGUCAACGCAUUUCCUAAGCUUAAGUCUAAGAUUGGAGAAAAAGGUUUAUUCUUUAACUUGAUGGAACUAAGCCAACAAAACCAAAGUCAACCUGACAACUCCUUCCUCCUGUGUGCUCUACAACUGGCUGUAGCUUUAACUGAGGGUUGUACCAGCAAUCUUAAGUAUUGCAUGGAAGCCGGCAUCAUUAGUUUGGUGCCUUUAACUUUUCAGACAUCCAGCAGCAGCAAGAACGAAGUAAAUCUUUGCAUUCAACUUUUGGCAAUUCUUCUUACUGAACCCAAUGACUCCAUUCAAGAAGACGAUAUUGACAAAUACAGGAACAUCUGGUUGAACCAAAUAUGCCACGACAAAGUAGAUGGGAACCCAAUAUCUGGUUGUAUAUUGGAUGCUAUGAACAGGUUCCUAUUAGAUGGGGUGGAACUACAGCUUAAUGGAAUCAGAGUGUUGAUGGAGUUUGUUAAUUUGGAUGGCAGCAUGGAGCAGUUACGAGACCACGGCACAUUAGACACGACGUUGCACGCAUGUUGUCAAUACGAGGAUGAUGUUUCUAUGUUAGAACAUGGUUUCCAACUUAUGAGGAUUCUUAUGCUGUGUGUUACUGAAACUGAAAUAGAGCCUCGAUUGGAGACGAUGUUCCAUCUUAUAUCGUCAACAUUGGAGAAACAUCUAAAUUCGUCCUCUGUGAUGGAACAAUUAGUGCUUGUGUUGAUGCACUGCCUCAACAUAUCUCUCCCACCCCCUACUACACAACUACCCUCGCGAUUAUUCCAUUCUAUUAUUUGUUAUUUCUAUGCGAGCAGUGAACCACAGACACUGGAAAGUUUAUGCCGUUGUUUGGUUUCUAUUCUCACUAAUGUUGAUGGCCCCACCAGGAACCAAAUGUUAAUAGAAGCCACAAGAAACAGUGAUAUUAAUUUCAUGAUGUGUUUGAUUUACUAUGGAGCUAAUAUCAACUGUACUGUGGAUGGGGAAACCCCUUUGUUGAUAUCAUGCAAGAAUAGAAAUACAACGCAGGUAGUCCGUUUAAUCACCAUGGUAACCCAUCUACAUGAGAUGGGAUUAUGGAGAAUGAGAAUCGAAAAUAUGACGGAAAGUUUGAAAACUGCAGCUCAUAAUGAAGACCAGGUUAUAAUAGAGGCUUUGCUAUGGUACCUAGUGUACAGGGAUAGGAAUAAGACAGCAGAAUGGAGCAGGCUGGGGUUGGAGACGUUGCCUUUAUCUUGGUUGGAUAAUUGUUUACUACAGACCAACAAUGAAAUCACAAACACAAAUGCUUUGAUCCAAAUAAAGAAUUCGUUCUGCUUCAAAAUUGCAGAAGAAAUUUACAAAAGAAAACCAAAAGCAGAACCAAAUGAAUGCAACCAUGAGAACAUAGAACAAAUACCAAGUUACCCGAUCUCCCAGUUAUUAACCUUGUUACGCUCCCAAACUUUGAGAGAUGAAUCUACAGAACUUGGUUGUGACCUAGACGGGGAGGAAAUAACUGAAGUGUGCCUCCAGUGUCGGAACUUGCUUCCAUAUCGUGAAAUGUUGAAACUUUCAUUUGACGAGGAAAACAUGACAGAAGAUAGAAAUCAUAUAAAUGAGAAGAAAUGCACUUGCAAGCGUUCGACUUUGUAUGGGGUUGCUAUUGGGCCUAUUGAGGAGAUCCAUCUUUCCCACAACCGUCUCGUAUCCAUUGACGGUUUCGUUAAAUUAUCCAGAGAUAAGAUAUCUAUGCUGACGCAAUCAGUCAAGCGAAUCAAUCUACUAAAUAAUCAACUUAGGGAGUUCCCCUUCGAUCUUAGCCAGGUGUUUUUGAACCUUGUUGAUUUGAAUUUAUCCAAGAACAAGUUGGCGAAUUUUCCUUUUUCCGUUUUAUUUUCGUGCUCGUCACUCCGAACACUCGAUGUCAGUAACAACAAUAUCAAUGAUGACAUCAUAGACGCUAAUUUCUCAACCAUAGAAAUCUUAAAUAUUGAAAACUCGAUGACUUCAGAUGAGCUUUCCCACCACGAGCACCAACUUACAACAUUAAAGUUAAACGAUAACAAAUUAUCCAACUUUCCACAAUGGAUAUUCAUGUUACUACCAUGCUUGCAGUAUCUGGAUUUGAAAAGGAAUUCGAUUCAAAAGUUAAAGUUUACAGAAACAACAAAUAAACCAUUGAGGCAACUCAACCAUCUAAACAUCAAUGGAAACCAGAUUUAUGUUCUACCUUCAAGUUUUCUUCAAACUUUUCCGUCAAUACAACAUCUGGAUGUUUCACAAAAUAAGCUGACUCAUGCUGAAGAACAAACCACCAGUGAUGUCACAACACUCAAAUAUGCUGACCUAAGCGAAAAUUAUUUGGAAAAUUUCCCAGAAUUUCUUGAACAUCAGACCAGGCUUCAGACCCUAAUUUUCUCCCAAAACAAUCUAAGCGAGCGUUUUAGUUCCCUCGUGUGGUCAGCAAAACGGUUGUCGUGGUUAGAUGUAUCCCAUAAUAAUGUGGUUGACGUAACCAUGGCAAUCAAGUCAAUCAACAGCCAGUGGGCUUCUACUUUAAGAGUUCUUAAACUUUCAAACAAUCAAAUUACAGUGUUGCCGCCAGUUAUUGGGAAUCUUAACAAGCUUGAGAUCCUUGAUGUGAGUCACAACCAGCUUAUCAACUUACCAAAUGAACUGGGCCAGCUCUCAUCUACUCUAACCCAACUUAGUAUUGAAGGAAAUCCACUUAACUUGGACUCUGCAAUACUUAAAGGUUCCACUCGUGACUUAUGUGGUUUCCUUUUUGCUCGACUGAAACGAUCGGUUCCAAACGUCAGAGUCAAACUGAUGUUAAUCGGAGAUCCCAGGGCAGGGAAGACGACCCUCCUUCAAUCCUUAAUGCGAGGGAGGGGUCGUAAGCGUUCCGUGACAAUCGGAUCCUACUCGGUUGGCAUCGGCGACAAGGAGCCACCGGUUUUAGCAACGGUUGGCGUGGACGUGAACGAGUGGAAACUUAAGCAUGGAAACAAGUUAUACAGUGUAAGCGCUUGGGACUUUGCCGGCCAAGAAGAUUUCUAUGCAACUCAUCCGUGCUUCUUAUCGGAGCGUGCGAUGUAUGUCGCUGUAUACGACGCUUCAAAGUCAGUUGAACAAUUACGUACUUUGAAACCAUGGUUGGCAGCCAUACACGCGCGUGCAUCUCAUUGCCCUGUGUUGAUUAUUGGGACACAUGCGGAUCUCAUUAAUAAGGAGAACAAGCAAGACAUGGUGAGGAGCUUGAAUGAAGAGCUGAACAUGAUGUCCGGAUGCAAGUGGUUUCCACAGGGAGCGAGGAAGAACAAUUCCCUCCUCCAUGAAGUCCUGGAUGUGAGGGAGAGCGGGCAAGAGGUUACGAGAAUAAAAGGGGUUAUCUUUGAUGUCAUAACAGAAGCCGUGGUGAAAGGGCACACUCUAGUGGGGAAUAUGGUGCCGUCAAGUUACGUAGAACUCCAGAACUUGUUAAAAAUUGAAGCCGGAAAGAGAGAAAACUUUCCAGUGAUUAGUUUCACUGAACUUGCGGACAUCGUACACGGUUGCCAUAGCAACAUUGGGUUCGAAAACGGAGCCGAACUCAUGCUCGCUGUUCGUUAUCUCCACCAGACGGGGGCGCUGUUGCAUUUCAACGACCCGCGGUCGAGACUUUGUGAUUAUUUCUUCGUGAAGCCUUCGUGGUUGUGCCAGAUGCUCGCACAGAUAGUCACAAUGAAAGAACACAAAUCGUACAAGCUCCAACCCUUUGUGGACGAAAACGGAAUUUUGAGCAAAAAUCUUUUCUCCCAACAUUUCUUAAAACAGGUUGGCAGUGAAGAGCACAAAUCAUUCCUCCCCAGAUUAUUUAGAUUAUUGGAACAUUUUGAGGUAGUUUUAUGGCAGGGUGGGGAUUCGUACCUUGUACCCUCUCAACUACCAACUACUAAACCUUCAAUAAAUCUCCCAAUAACAGAACCAAGCCAUAAAGUUAUAAGAUAUUUUUCGAUGGUGUACGUCCCUAUGGGUUUCUGGUCUCGCUUGAUUGGUCGAUUGCUUGCGUUCGCCGACACCAUAUUAGGAGGUGUUGUUGUUAAAAAAUCUGGUGCUAGAUCCCAUGAGAGCAAGGUACCUUGUAUUGUAACCACAUGGAAGGAGGGCAUAUACAUGCAAUGGGAUAAACAUGGCCACGAGACUCCAUUCGUCCUUGCUCAGAUGGGAUCUAAGGAGUUUGAUGAAACUAUUGGAGGGAAAAAUACGACGUCGUCAAAAGGUUCCUCCUUAACAUUCGAAUACGUGAAUUCUUCGUAUUAUGAUGCAACAAAGGAAGGGAUAGAAGUCAUUGUUUCUCAUCAAAGAUGCGGAAAAGUAUUACUGGGUCAGUUGGUCGACCACAUCAGUAGUUUGAUGCAGGAAUGGUACCCAGGGUUGCUGGAUAUCGACCCCAGGGGCUGCUCGUUGUUCCAGCAGUUCGCCCCAUGCCCAGGGUGUGUACGGGGGCUGGGGAGUUCCCCUGAAGCGGGAAAGGAAGAUACAGAAAAGUCUGUUCAUGCGUUUUGCAUUAAUAACGUGGCUGAAUCUAUAACAUCCCAUGGACGUACCAGACAUAUAUCUGUCAAUAGUAAUUAUGAGAUAACUAUAAAGGAUAACCAAGUAAUGGUUCAAUGUCCAAACCAUGAUCAUCUCGUCAAUUCUUCUUCAUUUGCCCCAGAGAUUAAUCUAGAUGAUUAUGACGACUCUUUAAAGUUGGACGUUGGAUUAUUAACAUUUGAAGCGAACACACAGUCACUGUUGGGGGACGGAGGGUUCGGGGCCGUGUACCAAGCUAUCUAUGAUGGGAGAAAUAUCGCUGCAAAGACUUUUCAUUUAUCGGCGUCUACUCUGCCUUAUAUUAUGCUGAGAAAUGAAUUGACAAUUCUAGGUCAAAACCGUCACCCAAGUAUCGUGUCACUUGUCGGCUUUGUGCCACCUGCCACGACAAGCAUGUUACAACCCCUCCUUGGCAUGGAAUAUGCGUCACUUGGUUCCCUCGGCAACCUGCUACGUGACAUCACACGGCUGGAUGCAAAAACGAGGAAAAAAGCGCUGAGUCGCCAACUACGACACAGGAUUUUAUUCGAAAUCGCUGAUGGUUUAAGUUUCCUUCAUUCUCGACACAUCAUCUAUAGAGAUCUUAAACCUGACAACGUUCUUCUCGUUUCGUUAAACCCUGACCACCCAACCGUGACCACCAUAACCGACUACGGGAUAUCCACUCUAGCGUCACCUACUGGAAUACCUGGAGCAAGUGGAAGCCCAGGUUAUUCGGCUCCAGAAGUCGUGACUUUGAAAGUGGAAGGCAACAAGCGCGACAUUGAGUUGUUCCCGUACUCGGUGAAGUGCGACAUUUACUCGUUCGGGUUACUGAUGCAUGAAGUCGCGGUCGGUCGAUCCCCGUGGGUUGAUUACGUCAGCGAGGAACGGGUAUCACAGAUGGGGACUUCCCUCAUGCCAAGCUUGCCUGAUGAAAUAGUAAUGCAGGGGAUUCUCCCUUCUCCGAUAUCGAGUUACUCUGGCUCCCUUGUGUGGCCGUACGCACAACAAUUAGUAACGGAAUGUUUACGAAGAAAUCCUGACACUCGGCCGUCAUCUGAUCAACUUAAACAAGUUUUCUCAAACAUUCAAUCGUGUGCGCUAAAGAUGGUCCAUUCCUUGCACAAGCCUUUUGUUUCAUGCACGGUUACUACAGGAUCAAGUAGAAGCAACAAUUUGUAUGAUGACAACUUGCUUGAGAUAUUUUACGUUGAAACCACCCCAUCAAGUGGUAAAUCUAGUUCCACAAUCCAUAGAAACACUAUAAACGUCGAUCGAGGAAAAGUCUUGAGUGAAAAAGUCGAAACUGAAUUUUCAACGAAUGUUAUUUCUAUGGUUGUUGUACCUGGCCACAUGGUGGGACUAGAGAGCAACCCAAUAUUUGUGGGGGCAACCAAAGAGGGUGAAAUUCUAGUUUGUUCCAAUGAUUCUGUCAUAAAGAAGAAACCGCUGAAGCAUGCAAUCACAUGUUUAAUGUUACAUCAACCGUAUCAAGGGAAAAUGGGAUCCCCUGUUUUUCUAUUGGUUGGCACAGCUGAAGCUUCUGUUGUUGUUUAUUCCAUUAAGCAGUUUUUAAACCCGAAGGACCCUCACCCCCUCCAUGAAUCAAACACCACCUGUCAAUCAUAUUCACCUGUCAAUCAAACCCCUUUACAUUCACAGUUACUAAACCCGAAGGACCCUCACCCCCUCCAUGAAUUAAACCUCGCCCAACUGACCAAGCUAUCUCCGGUUUCUUCCAUCGUUUCAUCGAGGAAUGAAAUUGUUUUUGUCGCAUGCGCGAACCAAGUUGUGUCGUUGGCCGUAUCAGCUUCAGGCCAACCCACCAUUCAAGCUACCAAGGUAGUCGGCCAUAUGAAUUCCAUAGAAAUGUCAUAUCUCGCACUCGGACGUAACAACUUGUAUGCUGCAACACUAGGUGGCAGUAUAGUAUACUGGCCACUAGGUGGGGGAAUGUCGAAAACGAGUUUCGAUUUCAAGAAAGUCGUGUCACAGAUGGUUGAUUGUGAUCCUGCAAUAAUGAUUGUGACAUCAUUAUUCGUUGAUAAUCUCCGAGCCUCACUUUGGGUUGGAACAUCCACAGGUCAUGUAAUCGUGUUCGCUGAACCGUCACGACCCGAUGACAUCAUAAUACCCACCACUGUCCUACAUCGACAUAUGGGAUCUGUUUAUAAUAUACAAAUAUGCAAAAACCCUUUAGAUGAUUGUGAUGUCAUAAUAUGUUGCGGAACCGGCAUUCGACCAAUUGCAGAAGAUUGGGAAAAUCAUAGAAAUAAAAAAUCAGAAAUUAAAUCUACAGGAAAUUUCAACGCGGAUGUUAUAUACAACACGACGAGUUAUGUCACAAUUUGGGUUCCUGAGGUUUUGGAACUAACUCAAUCCUUGAAAAAUGCUAUUAAGAAGAGAAAUGAUUUAUGAUGAUGCUUGUUGUUGUUGUAAUUAUCAUAAUUUUUUUAUUAUUUUUUUUGAAAACAAUACCAAAAAUCAUGUUAUUUGAAAAACAAAACAACAUUUGUUAAAA